ACCUCCUCUCCACCCCUCCUAUCUGCCGCUGCUGCCAGCCUCAGCCCCCAAAAAACACCGCGCUACGUCCGUGAGCAGUGGUGCCGCUGGUGAGGUGGCGUGUGCGCACAGAGACAGACGAGACGAGACGGUGCGUUGUCGUAUUCCUGGCGGUCCACGGUGGAUUUCCCCUGACCAGGACCACUACUGAGCGACAGAAGCGACCAUGGAAGAGCUUACGGCAUUCGUGUCGAAGUCGUUCGAUCAGAAAACCAAGGAGAGCACCAAAGAGAGUAUCACGUACAGGGAAGUUUUGGAGAGCGGCUUGACGCGGGCGAGGGAGCUGGGCAGCCCGGAGACAAACCUGCAGGACAUAGCGGAGGGCAACCACUGCCCGGUGCAUCUGUUCAAGGACCACGUCGAGCUGGAGAAGGAGAAACUCAAGGACUUUAAUGUUUCCAGAGGGACAGAUGGGAUAUACGAGUGCAAGGAGAAGAAGGAGGACGUGAAGUCGGAGGACGAGGACGCGCAGGGCAAACUGAAGCAGCGGAGGAGUCGCACUAACUUCACCCUGGAGCAGCUGAACGAGCUGGAGCGGCUCUUUGACGAGACGCACUACCCGGACGCCUUCAUGAGAGAGGAGCUGAGUCAGCGGCUGGGACUGUCCGAGGCCCGGGUGCAGGUUUGGUUUCAGAACAGAAGAGCAAAAUGUCGAAAACAAGAAAACCAGAUGCACAAAGACAUCUUUCCCUUCACUCCAGGUGUUAUUCUGGGCAGCGGCAGUCACCUGGACGCGUGCAGAGUAGCACCCUACGUCAACAUGGGCGCCCUGCGGAUGCCCUUCCAACAGGUCCAAGCUCAGCUCCAGUUGGAUGGUGUCACCCACUCCCACCCCCACCUGCACCCUCACCUGGCCGCUCACGCUCCUUACCUGAUGUUCCCGCCCCCUCCCUUCGGACUACCAAUCGCAUCUCUUGCCGACUCAGCCUCUGCAGCGGCGGCAGUGGCGGCGGCUGCCAAAAGCAACAGCAAGAACUCGAGCAUCGCCGACCUGCGACUCAAGGCAGGACUUCUGCGGGGCCAGUGGCUCAGUCCACUCCAGGCACAGAUCACAUCCCAAGGACCGUACAAACACAUGUGGAUGUCUGUCUGAGGGCCGGGCCGGGGCCCGUCAGACCAGAAGACGUUAGAACAAAGCAAACUGGCAGGCAGCAGCAGGGCCAAAAGCAGAGCCUCGCUGACGCUGGCUGCCGCCAUGUUGACAAUGCGAACAGGUUGAGCAUGUGGGAAACAGACUCACACAUCACCUCACCGAAGCAUUGGAACAGCUCUCACCUUUACACCCCCCCAACCCAAACCACCACACACUAGAAAAAUGAAGGAAAAAAAAAGAAACUUUAAAAAAAGGCCAUAUUUGUCUCCAACCACUGUGUUCCAUGCUGCUGCCAAGUGCAUGAGCUCUAAUGGAGGACCAUUCUGGGACUGGCCUCCAUCCACACCUGACACAAUCGCUCGACAACUGUUUUUAACACUGCCAUUCAACACGCCCGCAGCCCCCCUACACCUACAAAGUGAAAGGUCUCCAUUACGGUUUGAUAUCCCUCUUCUUCUGGACUUGUGCUAUAGCAAAAAAAAGCAACAACUCCUUUUUCCUUCGCCGCAGAGUGGAGAGACAUUUUCUCUGUCGCUGGGCAUGUGUCGGCGAGGUUCGGUUUGCUUUUCUCCUCACAGCGUGCUCCCUCUGUCCUUAUUUCUUUCUGUUUAUUGUGUUGUAUCCUGGGUAAAGAAGUGAUGAUAUGCCUUUGCACUUCAGGUCUUGUAUGUGGGUGUUUACAAAUGGCACUACAAGCAGAUACUACUUUACUAAUUAAAAUGGGGGAGGGGAAUUUGAUAUCGUUAUGUGAUCAGCAAAAAGGACAUUAUCUUGGAUAAAGGGUAUUAAUGCGAUUUUUUCUCUCCUUUUUUUGUAAUUCUGAAAAUAUGAAGAACGCAUCAGUCUAACUGAAAUGCAAUGGUGUGCAGUUUAAGUGCAAUACUGUAAAUAGCAAAAAAAAAAAAAGUAAAAACAGCUAGCGAGUUAGCUCUCAACGAUAAAGAGACCCAAUGAUUUUCUGUUGCUUUCCGUGCACUGUUGGAGUGUUGAAUUUCUUUGCCAAACACACCAGUCUAUUCUACGGCAGUGUAUAUUUUGUUGAGUUGAAGAAAAACCAGGUGCCAUAUCCCGCCGACCCUCCUAUGUAUCCAAGCGGUUUUGCAUACAUCAGGUACAGUUGUCACUUGUUGAGGAAGACAUGAGCACAUUUUUCUAAACUGCAGAAAUUAGGGGUGAAUAAAAAAAAUGAUCUUCGCUACUUUACUAACACGAGAAAAAUCCACUUACUGAUGGAUUUUGGAAAAUGUUCAUACUAGAAUCAACAAAUCAGCAUUGUAAUCCAAAACCAAGCAGUUGUUUACAAUAUGAUUCGCUUAAUUCUGCAUGUUAUAUGUGACAUUUCAUCGUUGAUUUCCACCUAAUCCAGACUGUAUUUCACAAAUUCCUCCAGACAAAAUCACGACAUGUGGAUUGUUUUUGGAACUCAAAGAUUAUUUUGACAACCUUUUCAACACUGCUGUCAGAGCGGCGACACACGUGUAGACCCGUUUACGGCCUGCGUACCUCUAACAGUCUCCAAACAACAUUCUCUCUGUUCACAGACCUCCAUUUAGAAUCGUUUAUCUAUGUCUCCAUUUUAAAUUAAACAUAUGGGUGUUUUAUUUAUUAUUUUGUCUAAAAGGUUUAUGAAAGAUGAAAUAGUUGAACUACAAGUGUACAUUUUUACAUGGCUUUGCAUUUAUUUUUGUAUGUUUUUUUUCAGUGUUUGAAUUAGGAGGUGUGGCUGUAGUGCAUUGUUUGCCUAAAAAAAUGUAGCGUGUCCAAGUUUACAAACAUUUCAGGGAUGGUUGAAUUGAAUAAUACUCCAUGGAAUUUGUUGUACCCAUUAAAAUGAUUCAUCAUUUCAUAUGCAAGCAUGCCUAAACAUGAAUCAUCGUACAGUUUGUUUUU